AUGGUAAUUGGAGCAUGGAUUUUCCAAGCGCUUGAAGGGCACCAUUUGAAGGAUAUGAAAGCAGCUGAAUUAAAUAGAAUCGACGUAAGCGUGGAAAAAUACAUGGAUCGAAUUUGGGACUUGGCUCAUUCAGAGAAAUAUCGGGAGAUUGAUAGUUCAAAACUUAGAGAUGCAUUCAUACAAGAUAGUAAGGAGCAAUUUGAUAAAUACGUUGAUACUGUAUUUGCUGCUCAUCGUAAAUACCGUCAUGGAUACGAUACAGAUGCUCCUAGCUGGGAUUUUAUUACAUCAUUUUUCUUUACUGCGACAAUGUUGACAUCUAUAGGCUACGGUUAUGUUGCACCAUCAACAUUCCAGGGACGCUUGUUCGGAGUCAUUUAUUGUUUGAUUGGCAUUCCAUUAACCUUAGUAACAGUAGCUAAUAUUGCCAAGUUCAUAUCUGAGUGCGCUUUUUUAAUCCAUUACGAAUGCUGGAAGAUGUGGGUAACAUGGAAAGAUCGCCGAAAAGGAUUUACUCUUAAUGAACUUCGACCUAUUUUUUGCGACAACGAAACAGAACAAGAACUUUUAGAAAAAGUGAAAUUAAUUCGUUUUCCACCAGUAAUAGUAUUUUUAUUUGUAUUUUUUUAUGGACUUUUUGGUUCAUAUAUCAUUCAAAAAAAGGAACACUGGACAUAUAUGGAAUCAAUGUAUUUCACUUUUAUUAGCAUUCUAACUGUUGGUUUCGGAGAUUAUCGUCCAGCACCUCAAAACAUGUUAAUAGUACUAUGUGUAAUUAUGGGUGGAAUAAUUUUGACAACAAUGUGCAUGGAUGUAGUUGGCAGGAUGUACCUGAAAGAGAUUCAUUAUCUUGGACGAAAAAUUAAGACAAAUAAUCCAUUUUUUUUAAUUCGUGAAGCAAAAGCAAGAAGACGACGUCAAGCAACUGCGAGUAUACUUCUUGAAUUAGCCAAAGGUAUGAUAUUUGCGCAUCGUAAUAGUUCUGAUGGCAUGGCAGGAAAACACAGAACACGUGAGAGGUAUCGAAAACGCGGAUCACGCCAAUUACCUGAUGGUAAAUUCAUGUUCGCUCGUUUACCACCAGAUCCACCUCGAGAAUGUCAAGUCGUCUCUACAUCUGCGUAUUCGGUACGACUUGCUUGGGCACCUGCAUUUUCAGCUGAUGACAAAGUUACCUACAAUAUACGCUAUCGGAUCAAACAUCAAGAAAAUAGCAAAAUGCGUGAAUUACGUGGUAUUCAAGGUCAUUCAGCAGAAAUAAUGAGUGUUGAUUCAUGUUCUUUGUAUGAAUUUCGGAUUACUGCUGUUUCACGCUACGGUGAAAGUAAACCAAUUUAUUUAGUGCAGUAUACAGAACCUCAACUCAGCCCACAACACAUACUUGCUCGAAGAUUAAAUGCAAAUACCAUUGAACUUUCCUGGGAACCACCAUACAAAAGAACAAGAGAUGUAACAAGUUAUGUAGUUUAUUACACUGAAAGACCAGACGCUCAUUUUUCCGCUUGGGAACGAAUUACAGUACACUCACAAAAAGUUGUUUUUCCUGAUCUACGUUACGAUUGGUUUUAUAUGUUUUGUGCUAUGGCGUGUUUUAAAGAUGGUCAACGCUCUCCGUUAUCUCGAGCAUUAUUUGUGAAAACAGAUAAACUUGAAUUUCGGCCUAAAUGUGUUGGACAAUCACAUACUAUCGAGGUGAUGGACACAAUCUGCUCACAAGAUGAACUCAAUGAAAAAGUGCCUUUACUGCCUCGUGAUUUUAUAUCAUUUCAGAACUGA